GAUAUUAUUUUUGUUUUCAUCACCCAGGGUCUGGUUAGUAGGUUAACACAGACUGUGCAAUACUCUGCUUGGAAGGUUUUAGUUCUCCUCUCAUCAUUGUUAUAAGGACAGGCUGGUGCCAUGUCUUCGAAGGUUGUCCCUUUUUAUCAGAAGAGGCACAAGCAUUAUGACGAAUCAUACAGAAAUCUUGAUACCAGAUAUGUAGUUAAGGAAUAUUCUGCACAAAGAAGAAGCACCUCAGCUUCUGCUGUAAGAAGUUCAGCAACUUCCUUCUCCGGUUCAAGAAUAAAAUGCGUUUGUGGGUCUGAUAGAGAUGUUCAAGAAUACUAUGUCCCUGCAUUUAAAAGAAGGACCCAGGCGCAACAUACUGAACAACAAACGCAGCAAUACAGUGAGCAGCAUACCCAGCAACACAGAAGCUAUGACAGAAGUGUACAUUAUGCCACGGAGCUGGCCCAUUUGGAAGAAGAUGUUCGCAUCGCACGUGCUUUAGCAAGAGAACAGAUUGAUAAAGCGCAUAUUCACAGAUUGGUAGAAGAAAAAAUGGCAAUGCAGAGACACAUCCAUGAAGAAUGCAUAAGUCGUGCCCCAGAUAUCUUAGUACGACUCAGAUCCCACACUGUUUGGGAAGGCAUGUCUGUAAAGCUUUUCUUCACGGUACAAGGAUAUCCUACACCUCUUGUGCAGUGGUAUAAGAAUGAAUCUUUGAUUAGCCCAGCAAGUGAACCAGGAAAGUAUAGAAUUGAAAGUAAAUAUGGAGUGAACAGUUUGGAAAUCUACAGAACUACCACAAAUGACACGGCUACUUACACAGCAGUGGCAAGAAAUGUGCAUGGUCAAUCAUCCACUAAUUCAGCUGUCAUUGUCAGAAGAUUCAGAGGAGAAGAAGAACCUCUUCAUCCUGGUUUGGUGCCACAUUUGCCCCUGACAGCUGCAAUUUGUUUUACCCACAUUGAAGUUCAGUUUCUGGAAACUUUUGGUGUGACGUUUGGAGUUGAGGGUGAAACGCUAACUUUGUCAUGUUCAGUUCUUUUAACGCCUGACCUUACCAGACUUCGACCAGAGGCAGAAUGGUACAGAGAUGAUGUCUUGGUGAAAGAAUCCAAAUGGCAUCAGCUGCAUUUUGGAGAAGGUCGUACCACUCUGACAUUGACACAUUUGAAUAAGGACGAUGAAGGAUUGUACACUGUAAGAAUGGUCACCAGAGGUGGAGUCAAUCAGCACAGCGGAUUCCUCUUUGUAGCUGAUGCUGCAGCUUUGGUUUUAGGGGCACCAGGUGCACCGAUGGAUGUUGAGUGCCAUGAUGCUAACAAAGAUUAUGUGAUUGUAUCAUGGAAGCCACCAAACACCGCCAGCGAAGCUCCAGUCAUUGGAUACUUUGUUGAUAAAUGCGAAGUAGGAACCGACAACUGGAUCCAGUGCAAUGAUUCACCCGUUAAGAUCUGUAGAUAUCCAGUAACUGGCUUAUAUGAAGGAAGAUCUUACCUUUUCCAUGUCCGAGCAGUUAACAAAGCAGGAAUCAGUAGACCGUCAAGAGUUUCUAUAGCAGUUGCGGCUCUGGAUCCUGCUGAUUUUUCAAGACUGCAAAAAAUCCAUUUGGAGGGGGGACGUGAAAUUGUUAUCUGUCAGGAUGAUUUGGAAGGUGAUGUCAAAAUUCCUGGGUCUCCCACUAAUGUCCAGGCUUUGGAAACCAGCAAAACCUAUGUUGUGCUCAGUUGGGAACCACCAGUUCCUCGUGGUAGAGAUCCACUGGUCUAUUACAUUGAAAAGACGAUGGUUGGCAGUGGAAGCUGGCAGAGGGUCAAUUCUCAGAUCCCAGUAAGAUCACCUCGCUAUGCAGUGUUUGAUUUGGUGGAAGGAAAGGCUUAUAAUUUCAGAGUUAUUGCGGUCAAUAAGCAUGGUGUAAGUGAACCUUCUGAAGUAACACCACCAAUACAGGCACAGGAGCGUCUGGCUGUGCCAUCUGCUCCUGGUCGUAUAUUGGCAUCUAGAAACACCAGAACAUCAGUUGUCGUACAGUUUGAUAGAGCUAAAGUAGAGGAAGAAUUAAUUGGAUACUAUAUAGAUAAAUCUGUUGUGGGGUCUAACCACUGGGAACACUGCAACCACAAACCCAUUAAGUAUACCAGGUUUCUUGUGCAUGGUUUAACAUUUGGAGAAAAGUACAUUUUCCGUGUAAAGGCAGUAAAUGCAGUCGGCGUCAGUGAGAAUUCUCAGGAAUCAGAGGCAAUAACCGUUAAAGCUGCCCUUACUGCUCCAUCUCACCCUUACGGUAUUACCCUACUGAACUGUGAUGGUCAUUCAAUGACGCUGGGAUGGAAGUUACCCAAAUUCACUGGAGGAUCUCACAUCACUGGAUACUACAUUGACAAACGUGUAGCUAAUCACCUCAACUGGCAUGAAGUGAAUACCAGCCUAAUUACCCAAAGAAUUUACAAGGUGGAGAAUCUGGAAGAGGGUGCUUUCUAUGAAUUUAAGAUAGCUGCAUCUAAUCUCGCUGGGCUUGGUCUUCCCUCUGAUCCAAGUGAACACUUUAAAUGUGAGGCAUGGACAUCACCAGAGCCAGGGCCAGCAUAUGAUCUUACAUUCUGUGAGGUCAGAAACAAUUCUCUUGUGAUUCUUUGGAAAGAACCAGUAUAUUCAGGAAGCAGCACCAUUGCAGGCUAUUUUGUAGAAUACAAAGAAAUGAAUGCAGAAGAGUGGACAAGAGUGAACCAGACUGCAACAGCACACCGCUACCUAAAGGUCAAAGAACUGGAGGAAGGAAAAACGUAUGUUUUCCAAAUCAGAGCUGUUAACGCUUCAGGAGUUGGUAGACCAUCUGAUAUUUCAGAGCCAGUAUUUGUCCAUGCAAGAUCAGGUGUCCAGGAGAUCACUGCUGGUGUGGACGAAGAAGGGAGUAUUUACCUUUCAUACAAUUGCUCUGAAAUCUCUGAAGCAUCUCAGUUUACCUGGUGCAAAUCUUAUGAAGAAAUUAGUGAUGACCAAAAAUUCAAAGCUGAAACCAUUGAAGAAAAUUCCAAACUCUACUUUAAAGACCCAGACAAGGAUGAUUUGGGCACAUACUCAGUGGCAGUUAGUGAUACGGAUGGCAUAUCAUCUAGCUUUGUGAUGGAUCCCGAUGAACUUGAACGCCUGAUGGCUCUAAGCCAUGAAAUCAGAAAUCCAACUAUUCCUCUUAAGUCAGAACUGACUUAUGAAAUAUUGGAAAAAGGCAGGGUACGCUUCUGGAUUGAAUCCCAACACCUCUCUGCAGAAACAAACUACCGGUUUGUUGUGAAUGAUGUUGAGAUUAAAAGCAGUGAGAGCCAUAGUAUAAAAUUCGAUAAGUCUGCUGGAGUUAUUGAGAUGGUCAUGGACAGAUUUACAGUUGAAAAUGAGGGCACAUACACUGUACAAAUUCAGGAUGGAAAAGCCAAGAACCAGUCUUCAUUAGUUCUCAUUGGAGAUGCCUUCAAGGCAGUACUAGCGGAAGCUGAGUUCCAGAGGAAGGAAUACAUUAGAAAGCAAGGCCCCCAUUUCCAGGAAUAUUUGUACUGGGAGAUAUCAGAGGAAUGUGAAGUUCUGCUUGUUUGCAAGGUGGCAAAUAUAAAGAAGGAAACAGUGUUUAAAUGGUACAAGGAUGAGAUACCAACAGAAGCAUCGGAUGCUCCUGACCUGGAACACGGAGUGUGCAUAUUCCGCAUUCCUAAGUUGACAAAAAAAGAUCAAGGUGAAUACAAAGCAACACUAAAAGAUGACAGAGGCCAAGAUGUGUCUAUUCUUGAACUAUCUGGAAAAAUGUAUGAAGACAUUAUUCUUGGAAUGAGCAAAGUCAGUGGAUCAUCCGCUUCUGAGCUGAAAAUCCACUGCACACCAGAAGGAAUUAGAUUCCAUUGUUCCAUGAAAUACUUCUCAGAAGACAUGAAAGUGUCCUGGUACCAGAGGGAGUCAAAGAUUUCUUCAAGUGAGAAGAUGAGAAUUGGAGGCACCGAUGAAUAUGCCUGGCUGCAGAUCUGUGAACCUACUGAGAAGGACAAAGGGAAAUAUACAUUUGAAAUAUUUGAAGCUAAAACAUCCUUUAAGAGAACAGUUGAUUUAUCAGGGCAAGCUUUUGAUGAAGCCUAUGCUGAAUUCCAGAGACUUAAGGCUGCAGCCUUUGCUGAGAAGAACCGUGGGAAAGUAAUUGGUGGGCUCCCUGAUGUGGUAACUAUAAUGGAAAGCAAGACAUUGAAUCUUACUUGCACGGUCUUUGGAAACCCUGAUCCAGAAGUGACAUGGCUGAAGAAUGACAGGGAUCUUGAGAUAACUGACCAUUUUCUAUCCACACUUGACAAUGGAAAGUAUGCCAGCCUUACAAUAAAAGAUGUGUCCUCAGAUGACUCUGGAAAAUAUGGCAUUAAUGUUAGAAACAAGUAUGGUGGCGAAACAGUGGAUAUUACUGUAAGUGUAUACAAAUAUGGUGAAGACUUACCGGAAGUUAAACCUACUCAGAUGUCUAAACCUGCACCUUCACAUGCACAUGCACCUGCACCUGCUUCUGCUCCUGCACCUGCACCCGAGAAAGCUAAGCCAGCAGCCCCCAGAGCAGGAAGGACAACUAGAAAGUAAAUCUGUCAGAAUACAUUAGAUCAAAGUAUAUCUACCUGGUUGACAGUAUUAGUUUUGCUACAUGUUUAUAAAGCAGACCCGCUGGCUUUGUGCUCUUGUAAUGUUCUACUUUUUAAAAUAAAGCUAUAAUCACUCUGGAGAAAAGUAACAAUGUUAAAAAGACCAUACAUAUACUAGAUAUAACUUCAAUUAAAUUCUUAAAUCUUUUGGAUUAAGCUAAAGCCUUUAAAACAGGUCUACUUAAUAAACCAAAGGUCUCUAUGCCUGAAUGUUAGACAACUGUAACUUGUAAUAUAUUAAUAUCCUCAAAUCCAAGUUAAUUACAUAUUUGGCUUAUAAUAUAAUUUGUAUUUUUAAAAGACAUGACAUACACUUCAGUUGCCAAAAUGCUACCAGUAUGAUUCAUUAAGUCAUAAUAGCAAGCUUCACACGCCCUGAUGCUAUUUGCCAUUGAAUUACACAGUUGGCAGGAAAUAAAUCCUGACCCUCUGGAGGUAGUUUAAAAGUUUUGUAGUUUACUGAUAUUAACAGUCCAGCAAGAGAAAAACAAGCGUCAACUUAAUUGCAGUUUUGUCUACGAGAAAACUUUAUAAUCUUCUCCUCAGCCACCCAAUGUGUAUGUUCUCAAAGAGGAUUUAAUUCAAAGGUUUAAUUUAUUCUUAUCUGGUCUUAGUUUAAUAUAAAGCAGUGAAAAGCAGCACACAGCUUCCAUGGAGUUUGGAAAACAAGCAUAGCCCAUAGCUAAGCUUACCAGAUGUGUUAUUGUCAUAUCAACCAGUACAAAUAUCAGAUUAUGUCUAUGUAUGCAUCAUUGGAAAUUAAACAUUUCCCUGUAAUGCAGUGUCACUUGGCCAUAUUGGAAUCACCUAAUGUUGUUUUCCUUGCUUUGUGCUAAUAAACUUAAAUAGACACCUGUGCCUUUUCUGCAUUAAAUCACUUUUAUUUUC